AGCCGGUGUUGGAAGUACUUUAAGUAUUUUCGCAAAUAAAUUUUAAAUUGAAAACAAAUAAUACAUAACUUGACAUAUAAAACAAAAGAUGUAAUAUAUAAAAUGAAAUCAAUAGAAGAUUUAGAAAAGGAGGUGAAAGAGGUUGAUAAAGAGUUAAAAAAUAUCGAUGCAGAGUUACUAAAAUGGAAAAAUUUACAACGCGAAUUGCACGAGAAGAAAUCUUUACUAAAAACAACCAUAAACAAAAUAAAGUCAGAGUCAUUAGCUAAUGUUGAUUGGGCUGGAAAUACGUACGAAUGGUCAAAGGAUGUUAAGAAAACUCUUAAUGACGUUUUUAGAAUAGAUUCAUUUAGACCAAAACAAUUGAGUGCUAUAAAUUCUACACUUGCUGGUCAACAUGCAAUUGUUGUAAUGCCAACAGGGGCCGGUAAAAGUCUCUGCUACCAACUUCCGGCUCUUGUUAAACCCGGCAUAACUAUAGUUAUAUCACCACUAAUUUCCUUGAUGGAAGACCAGGUGCGGUCACUAAAGAACAGAGAAAUCCCGGCAACGCUGAUGACAAGUACAAGUCCAAAAGACGAAACAUUUAAAGCUUUAAAUGCGUUAAAGGAUAAGAAUACGAAAAUUAAACUUUUAUAUGUUACACCUGAAAGACUUGCAAAAAGUAAGAGAUUUAUGUCAAAUUUACAAAAAUGUUAUGUUGAAGGUAGAUUGCAAAGAAUUGCUAUUGAUGAAGUGCACUGCUGUUCUCAAUGGGGUCAUGAUUUUAGACCAGAUUACAAAUACCUUGGAAUUUUGUCGAAUAUGUUUCCCAAAAUUCCGAUCUUAGGAUUAACUGCAACAGCCACAUCCCACGUAUUAACUGAUGUGCAGAAGAUACUUAACAUACCAGGUUGCUUGGUGAUUAAAUCAACAUUUAAUAGGCCCAAUUUAUAUUACAAAAUUUUAGAAAAACCUACAUCUCAGGAAGAUUGCUUAACAAUACUCGAAAAGCUUUUGAAAUAUAGGUACAAAGGAGAAAGUGGUAUUAUUUAUACUAAUAGUAUCAAAGAUUCUGAAGAAUUAGCUCAAGGACUAAGAAAGAGAGGCUUGUCAGUGGGUUGCUAUCAUGCAAACAUGGAAGCAGAAUCAAGAUCCAAAGUACAUUUGAAGUGGCAUGAAAAAAGCUAUCAGGCUAUUGUGGCCACUGUUGCCUUUGGCAUGGGUAUUGAUAAACCAGAUGUCAGGUUUGUUAUACAUCACACCAUCAGUAAAUCAAUGGAGAAUUACUAUCAGGAGAGUGGUAGAGCUGGACGUGAUGGUAAAAGAGCAGAAUGUCUUACUUUAUACAGAAUGCAGGACAUUUUUAAACUGAGUACCAUGGUAUUCUCUGCAGUCGGCAGUAUAGAUCAUCUAUAUGGCAUAGUUAAGUAUUGUCUGAAUGGAAUCUUAUGUAGAAGACAGUUAAUUGCUCAACAUUUUGAUGAAGAUUGGGGUGAUACUGAUUGUAACAAAAUGUGUGAUGUUUGCUCAUAUCCAAACUCAAAUAUAAGAGAAAUAAGUCUGGAAAAACAUUGUAAAAUACUGGCUGGCAUUAUUGAUAAUGCUCACAUACAAGAUACAAAACUUACUGCCCAAAAGUUACUUGAUGCUUGGUACUUAAAGGGACCAGUUCCACUUAGACAUAAAGGCAAAGAGCCAAAUUUUUCAAGGUCUGUAGGUGAAGAUGUGAUAGCAUUUCUACUUGUAGAAGGAUAUCUUGUUGAAGAUUUUCAUUUUACAGCCUAUACAACUAUUGCUUACAUAAAGAAGGGCCCUAAUAUAGAAGCAAUUGAUGAUGACAACUUUACUUUGAAAAUGCCGUUAAGAAAAUAUAUCGAAUUUCAUUUAGAUAGACCAGCUCCCAAAGAUUUUGAUUCAGUUAUUGGAAAUAAAGUUAUAGAAUCAAGAAAAAGAAAAGCAAGCUCUGAAGUUAAUAGUGAAAAGUCAAAGAUAAUUGUUAUUGAUAAAUAAUAUAUUAAUUGUUUUGUCAAAUUAAAUAACUUUAUUGAAAUUAUAACCAAAAUAUUCUAAAAACAAUCUAAUUAAAAAAACUUCAGAUUUGGUAUGUCAUUAGAUUACCUUGGUUUGAUAGUUAUAAGAUUUAUUAUACAUAGAAUUCAUACACGACGCCUUGGAGAAUAUUGUAAUGGUGAUAAUUGUUCAUAAGCUGCAACAUUUUCUUCAAUUUUUUUUGAUAAUUUCGUGGUAUUCCUUUUAAGUUUUCGAUGCUCUUGUACAUUGUUGGACACCUUUGAAUAUUCUGUAAUUGUCAUAAUUGAUUGAUUUUUAUUACUUUAUAAAAUUAACACAUUUUUUCUAUAGUAUACUUACUGAUUCCAUUAAAUCGGUCACUAUGCUCACUUGGAACAACACUGAAUCCAGAUCUAGUAGAUCUGGCAGAUGAGCAGCAGCUGUCAACACCAAUAGCGUCAAGAGCUCUCAUCCGUUCAGCAAUCUGAUCCUUAAUCAGUUCUCUAUGUGGACCAGCAUGCCCUAGAUCUUCCAUAUCUGCUAACCAUUCUGCGCGUUCUCGAAUUUGAGUCACCACUGAAAUGUGUCAAAUAUUUAAUAUUAUACUAUUAAUAACUGAGCUUAAUUAUAUUUAUUUAUAUAUUAUGAUGAGACAUU